AUGGCACCCUACACAGGCAUCCCACUCUCCCCCGCCGAGCUCUCAUACCUCCACACCUCCCUCUCCCAACACCCACCAAUCCGACCCGACGCCCGUUCCCCAACAGCUUUCCGCCCACUCAUAGCCGAAACGGAUAUCCUCCCAGCCGCGAACGGUAGCGCACGUAUCUGCUUCGCCGACGGCACCGAAGCCAUCGUCGGCGUCAAAGCGGAGGUGGAGAAGACGCCGAGUGCAUCUUCCCACAGCAUUAAUUCCCACAGCAUUAAUGGGGAGGUGGCAGACGAGGGUGUGCGGGGUCUAGGUAGUGGUGGCGUGAGAGAUGUCGAGGAUGAUGGGAUGGAUGUGGAUGGUGGGGAGGAUGGAAAGCAAUCGAGCAAGGGAAGGGACGAAUGGCUUGAAGUAGCCAUCGAUAUCCCCGGCAUGAGAGAUGAUGAUGCACUGCCCGUCUUCCUCUCCGCCAUGCUUACCGAAGCACUCCUAGCAGAUGGAGCAUUAAAGGAUAAACUGUACAUCAACACGCGCUUCCACUGGCGCCUCUACAUCGACAUUCUCCUCCUCUCCCUCCCCCUCUCCUACCCCCUACCCCUCCUCUCCCUAACAACCCACCUCGCACUCCUCGCCACGCGCCUCCCAGCCCUCGUAUCCGAAAAGGACGAAGAUCCCCUCUUCAACGACGACUGGGAAGCUUCCACCCACCUCUACCCACCAACUAAAGACGAAACUGCGCGGCAGAAACCCCCGAUAACGCUGCUGGUGAUGAGUGUAGGCGAGAACAUCCUCUUCGACCCGAGUAGAGAGGAGCUAGCCGUUGCGGACGCCGUGGUCGCAAUCUCCGUCACCCAAUCACACACAAACACAACCGGCCCCGAUGCCGAUGCCGAUGCCGAUGCCGAUUCUCCCAACCCACUCCACCUCAUCGCCCUCCGCACCAUCGACCCUCCUUCCCGACUCACAGCAGCCGGUCUACCGAAUUCUCUCAACACGUCUGCCGGUGCAGGUGCGGGUGCAGCUUCACAGAGCUUGAGUUCGGUGGAAGUUGCGGUGACCAGGGAGAAGGAUCAGGGAGUUUCGGUUUGGAGGCCCCCGAGGGGUGGGGUUAAGAGGGCUGUGUUGGCUAGGAUGAUUAAGAUGGUUGUUCAGGCUGGUGGGGUUGGGGAGGAGGUUUUGGGGGGGUUGAGGGGGGUGGAGAUAUGA